CAUAACAAAAAACCCUAGAGGCUCAUUCCAGAGGGAGUGAGAUUCAGAGAGAGAGAGAGAGAGAGAGAACGAAAAUGGUUUCAGGUUCAGGGGUCUGCGCUCGAAGAGUGGUGGUUGAUGCACGCCACCACAUGCUCGGCCGCCUCGCUUCGAUCCUAGCGAAGGAACUCCUCAAUGGCCAGAAGGUUGUCGUCGUUCGCUGCGAAGAGAUCUGCCUUUCGGGUGGUCUCGUCCGCCAGAAGAUGAAGUACCUUCGCUUCCUUAGGAAGAGGAUGAACACGAAGCCCUCUCAUGGCCCUAUUCACUUCCGUGCCCCUUCUAAAAUUCUCUGGAGGACUAUUCGGGGGAUGAUUCCUCACAAGACCAAGCGUGGUGCUGCUGCGCUUGCUCGUUUGAAGGCCUAUGAGGGUGUCCCCCCUCCUUACGAUAAGAUGAAGAGGAUGGUUAUUCCCGAUGCUCUGAAGGUGUUGAGGCUUCAGCCUGGACACAAGUAUUGUUUGAUGGGCCGCCUCUCGUCAGAGGUUGGAUGGAACCAUUAUGAUACUAUCAAGGAGCUUGAGAAGAAGAGAAAGGACAGGGCCCAAGUGGCAUACGAGAGGAGGAAGCAGCUGACCAAAUUGAGGGUCAAGGCUGAGAAGGCUGCUGAGGAGAAGCUUGGUUCCCAACUAGAGGUUCUUGCAUCCGUUAAAUAUUAAAUGUUCUGGAAUUUUAGCUGUUAUUUUUUAAACGACAAUUUUGCAGAAAGUUGGCUUGGUAUUGAAUUAAUCUUCAGUUUU